UAGCUUAAGCAGUCGAAAACAAUUGACGGCGUCAUAAGUUUUGCUCCUAGCACAACCGGUCAAAAGCUUAAUGUUUUCGUUAGUUUCAGGAGUAAACUUGUAGAUAGAUAAGAGCCAACAAUUUUCUGCAAUUACGAAAUUCUUGGUCGGACCUAAGAUUACUCUCCAACACAAUAUGUCUUCCGGAGGCAGAGUACCAAAUAAUACAACAAAGUUGUCCCUGCAUGAAAGAUUCUCAAGAUUACGGAGCUCAGCAGGGGGCCAAAAAUUAACUGGUAAGUUACAAGGAGCUAGAAACCUUUCAACCCAUCUCCAAAAGGCAGCGAGCAGAAAUAACAGAAUAACUCAACAAAUGGCAAGGAGAAAUGCUUCAGUCAGUGCUGCUUUAAAACUAAAAAAGAAAAGCAUUAAGCAGCGCCUUGGUGCCACAGUAAAUACGAAUAACCGAUUUCGUGGAACUGCCACACAAACUCAAAGAAAACUUACUAUUAACCGUGGAGCAGUUCGUGGUAUUCAACGAGGAAAUCAGCGAGGUAUUCGGACACAAAUACAAACGGUCACUCCGUCAAGGAUCGCUCGAGGUCGACGUGGAACCAAGCCUAUUAUGAGCCAAACGAUAGUACGAGGGGGUGGUGGUCAAAUGAGAAGAGGCACUCGUGGAAAAAUCAUUACUCCAUCCAAAAAGUCGGCUGCUGUUGUCAACACACCAAACCGCUCAGCCCAGAAAUCCCCUCGUACUCGAGGUGGCCCAAGAGGAGCAAGACGAGGUGGUCGAGCACAAUCAACUGCUGUGGUUGCUGCACAGGGAGGGAAUCAAAUUCAGCGUAGUCGAGGACGAGGAAGAGGACAACGUCGUGGCAACGGCCAGCAGAACCGUCGAGGAGGGAACGACAACUUGCAAAAAUCACCUCGUGGUCAGUCGUCCGGACGUGGCAGGGGCCGUGGUAGAGGAGGAGCUACCAAAGUCAGCAAAGAAGACCUGGACAAACAGCUGGAUCAGUACAUGUCGAAGACCCGAGGAGCUUUGGAUCAGGAUCUUGAGAAUUACAUGUCGCUCAGUGGAGACGUUGAAAUGAAUUGAAAUGGUCAUGCCAUCAGUCGUUACCUCACCUGUGCUCCGCAACUAAACAAGAAGAAGCUUUCUUACUGUCCCCCUUUUUCUAAGUCUUAAAUGACUCUUUAACAUUUUUAGUCCUGAAAAGUUAAAAUGAAUUUAAUUCAAAUUCUUUUUUUUUUUUGAGAAAAUGGUUGAACGAAUGUGAAGCAUAUGAACCAAAAAAAUUUGUUUUUCUGACAAUUUCUGUCAUCUGGCAAUCGUCUUAAUGGUUCUUGCUUCGCAAUUUUGAGUUUUCUUUCCUCUGUGUUUCGUCUCCCCCUCGUGUUGCAGCGCACCUUGACACGCGUAUGUUUUUUAAAAUUCAUUUUUCAUCUAGGAGUGGUUUUGUAUGUGAAACGGUGUGCCUGUGAAAUGAGAAGAAGAAAAACUCAACAAAAUAUACAAAAAAAAAAUUAACCAACAAGGAAGAUGUGUAAUUA